UUUCCGACUUUUCCCUUUUCAACUGGCCUGGCAUAACAAACGAAGUAGUGAACUUUUAAUAUAUCUCAUACUAACAUUCAACAAACUUUUAUAAAACAGUUUAUCGUAUUCGUUCAUAAUGGCCUACUACAAAGGAGCAGCCAGUGAAGGGGGACGUGCAAUGCAACUUAUGAAAAAGCGUGAAAUCGCCCAACAGGAGAUUGAAUUUCGGAAGAAAAAGAUUGAGGAAGAUCUCAAGGUUAGUAAUAUUGAAAAUAAAUUCGCCACCCACUAUGAUGCCGUGGAGCAGCAGCUUAAAACCUCCACCAUUGGUUUGGUCACGCUGGAUGAAAUGAAACAAAAACAAGAAGAUAUAGUUCGAGAACGAGAAAAAAAGUUGGCACAGAAAAAAGAGGAAAAGGAUAGAGAAAAGCUUCGGGCACUGGAAGCAAAACAGGCAGAAAAAGAUCGCCAAAAACGACAAAUACAAGCUUUAUCAUUUAAUCCAGACGAUCUCGAAGACGAAAACAGUGACGAUACAGAGCAGGAACCCGCGACAAAAAAAUGGCAAACCGAGGAAAGCUCGGUGCCUAAAAAUAAAAGAAUUCGAAAAAAUCCCGACGUAGAUACUUCGUUUUUGCCGGACCGAGAACGUGAAGAAUCGGAUAAUAAAUUGCGCGAAGAGCUGCGACAGGAAUGGGCCAUAAAGCAGGCCACCCUGAAAGAUCAAGAAAUAAUGAUAACAUUCAGUUACUGGGACGGUUCCGGACACAGAAAAUGUGUAACUAUGAAGAAAGGAAACUCGAUAUACCAGUUUUUGCAAAAAUGUCUUGAGAUGCUUCGUAAGGAAUUCAGUGAGCUGAAAACCGUUAUGGCAGAUCAGCUGAUGUACGUGAAAGAGGACUUGAUUCUUCCGCACCAUUACACAUUCUAUGACUUCAUUGUAACAAAAGCUCGCGGAAAAAGUGGUCCACUGUUUAAUUUUGAUGUCAAAGACGACAUUCGAAUGAUAAGCGAUGCCACAGUAGAGAAAGAAGAGUCACACGCUGGAAAGGUUUUACUGCGAUCUUGGUACGAGAGAAACAAACAUAUUUUUCCUGCAUCUCGUUGGGAACCGUACGAUCCAACAAAGACCUACGAUAAAUAUACGAUUAAAGAUAAAUGUAAAAAGUAAAUUCUAUUUCAAAAAAGGCUUGAAUUUAAUAA